AUGGCCAUGUCGAAGCGCAGCACGUUCACGACCAUCUCGCCGCUGCCGGCGGGCAUCACGCGCGAGGUCGUCGUCGACUUCCUGCACAACCACGUGGAGAUGAUCGACCUGAACCCGCUGGUCAUCGAGCGGCACCCCAUCGACCCGCCGCCGCACGCCCCCGCCGAGGAGCGCCGCUGCGCCUGGUGGAGCAUGACCGACAAGAUCUCGUAUCUGCCCGGCGGCGUCGUCUCCGGAGAUGUCACCUACACGGCUGCUUUUCAUGACUUGCCGAGCGGCAUCCAGACCCAUGUGUAUGCCCCCAUGGGCACGGAUAUCCGCGAGCGCUGGAGCCUCGGCGGCACGCUGCCGGGAGAACCGCCUGAGCCGGUUGAGUUGGGGAUUGGGGCGCCGAGACAGGGUCUUUAUUUACGGGAGGACGUCGAGCUAAGAUGCAACUUCGUCAUGUCCUCCUUCGUCAAGAAGACGCUGAAGAAAGCCCAUGGUGUCUUGGUAGAGCGACUCGUAGCCAGCGCUUCUUCUACGGCGCAACGCCAGAGCGUGGGUCAUCAACGCACGAGUUCGAGUAUGCAGAGUGGGAGUGUCCAUUCGAAUCACUCGUCUAUGAGCUAUCCUCCAUAUCCCGCUCCUCAGGGACUACAGCCUGCAGCACCGUAUUAUCCACAGCAACAGCAACAGCAACAGCAACAGCAACAACCCAGACCGAUGUCUACCCCUUUCGGCCACGUCACGCCACCGCCGCCAGGGAACUCAGCGCCGUACGGCCAUACCCCGUCCCACAGCGUAGGGAGCAAUAGCUACGUACCCGAGCCGCUGCGCGUGAACAAGAGUCGUCCGUCCAGCGGACAGUGCCACCGCCCCCAGGCUUCGGCGUCACACGCCGCGCAACCGCCAGGGGUAGGCAAUAACAGCUUUCCGGCGGAGUUAGAGUGA